AUGACUGUGGUAACGGUGCUCUGUGGUAAUGUGACUGUAAUAACCCUGUCCUGUAUAUUAACAGUAGCCGGUAUGAACCACCUCAGAGAGUACGGCAUCGUGCACCGUGACAUCAAACCAGGCAACAUCAUGCGCGUCAUCGGCGAGGACGGGAGGUCCGUCUAUAAGCUGACAGAUUUCGGAGCAGCCAGAGAACUAGAUGACGAUGAGCAGUUUGUCUCUCUUUACGGCACUGAGGAAUACCUGCACCCUGACAUGUAUGAGCGUGCAGUGCUGAGGAAAGAGCACCAGAAGAAGUAUGGUGCGACGGUUGACCUGUGGAGCAUCGGAGUCACCUUCUUCCACGCUGCCACCGGGUCCCUCCCCUUCAGACCCUUCGAAGGACCACGCAGGAACAAGGAAGUCAUGUAUAAAAUCAUCACAGAGAAGCCGUCAGGAACCGUCUCUGGGCAGCAGAAGUUUGAGAACGGGAAGAUUGAGUGGAGCACAGAGAUGCCUGUCUCCUGCAACCUGUCCAAGGGCCUCCAGAGCUUGCUAACCCCAGUCCUAGCCAACAUCUUGGAGGCUGACCAGGAGAAGUGUUGGGGCUUUGACCAGUUCUUUGCUGAGACCAGUGAUAUCCUGCAUCGUACCGUGGUGUUGGUCUUCAGUCUACAGCAGGCUACUCUCCACUACAUCUACAUCCACCAGUACAAUACGGCGACUCUCUUCCAGGAGCUGUUGUCUCGUCGGUGCAGUAUACCGGUCCACAACCAGGAGCUCCUGUACGAGGGGCGACGCCUACAGCUUGAGCCCAACCGCCAAGCCCAGACCUUCCCGCGGACCUCCAGAGACAAUCCCAUCAUGCUGCUCAGCAGAGAGUCCGUAGCUACAGUGGGGCUCAUCUUCGAGGACCCGAGUCCUCCUAAAGUCCAGCCUCGCUACGAUCUGGACCUGGAUGCCAGCUAUGCCAAGACGUUUGCGGGAGACGUGGGCCACCUGUGGAAGACCUCAGACUCCCUGUUGGUUUGUCAGGAGCUGGUCAGGAAGGGAGUCAGGGGACUGAUUGAGUUGAUGAAGGAGGACUACAGCGAGAUGGUACAUAAGAAGUCAGAGGUCAUCCACGUCUGUCACUACUGCGCUCGGAUCCUGGAGAGGACAGAGCAGCUGUAUGAGGUGUUACUGCAGGCCAAUAUGUUGUCGUCAUCAGAAUACGAUGAGAUCUCAGACAUGAGGAAGAAAAUAGUCCUUAUCUCUAACUCCUUAGUCCCCAUGGAGCAGACGGUUCAGGACAUCAAGAGUAAGUUCCUGUCAGGUGGUGUUCUGACGGACAGCUGGACUCAAGCUGGAACACACCCUGAAGACAGGAAUGUUGAGAGGAUCAAGGUUCUCCUGGACUCCAUUACAGCCAUCUACCACCAGUUUAAGAAGGACAAGGCUGAGAGACGUCUGCCGUACAACGAGGAACAAAUACACAAAUUUGACAAACAGAAGCUGGUGUUCCAUGCCACCAAGGCCAGGUCUCUGUUUACAGAGGAGUGUGCCAUGAAGUACCGCCUCUUCAUCUCUAAGAGCGAGGAGUGGAUGAGGAAGGUGCAUCACGUGAGGAAGCAGCUGAUUGGUCUAACCAGCCAAUUCAACAGCGUGGAGAAAGAAGUUUCCAUGGUGAUGGAGAGAGUUAUUAAGGUCUGAACAAACACACACACACACACACACAAACACAC